UUUCACAUGGGAACAAACACUCAUCAGCUGAGAGUGGUCCAUAUCAAGAAAUUUCUUGAAUUUCAAAAGGAAGAAAGUUCAUCACCCGUCCUUUUCGAACUGGCAGUAGAGUCUUUGUAUUGAGAAUCUUCCUGGCAAAAAUGGGAGAGAAAAAAGGUGGAAAUCCGGGAGAAAAACGGACUAACAAAUCUAAAGAUGGCGGAUCGAGCGAUGAUUCGAAAACAUCCUACAAGAACUUUGCUUUUCUCUGCCUAAUGGUUCUGCCAUCUCUAUUCUGGCUUGCAGCUGUCGGUGGUGAUGUUAUUUCUAAUGCUGGUACAGUAUUUGGAAACAAUUCGAAGAUUCUAUCGGUGAUCGGGCUGAUAGUGAUUACAAUCAUUGCGGGAUAUCUCUUCAAACCGCUAAGGUUGUAUUCAAAACUGUUGCUUCCAGCGUUUCUUUGGGCGCUUCUUCUUCCCACUUUUCAAAUAUAUUUGUGCUCUCCACUGGAAAUCAAGAACGAAAACAUCGGAACACAAUACAGCUUGAAAACGACUGCGUCGGAAUUUCUUCAGCAAGCUUGUGAAGAAGUUUGCUUGAAUAAAUCAAAAAUUCCAUCAUCUUACGCCUUAACCUUUUUUACUCCUCGAGUUUCGCUUCGCGUCAAGUUCAGCCAGAUCGUAGAUUUAAACAUAACGACGUCAACAAUGGUAGGCGACGAAAAAGUGCCUUUGGCAAAAAUUGUACUUCUGAAAUCAUGGCGGAGUGUGAAAGGAAAGUACUUUGGUCUUCAUAUCAUAACAAGGGUACCAGUGAAGAUUAAAAAAUUUCAAGAAAGCAUGACUGCCAAGCAAGGAAUGCUUUUAUCAGGGAGAGUGGAAAAUAUCCCUUCAGAUCUGAAGAAACUUCGUAGCGAACUGGAAAAGCAGAGACAUUUUAUUCGACCGUUUGUUUUGGAAGUCUUCAGGGCAACCCCGAUUGAAGAGUGAACACUGUAAUAAUUAAUAAAAUGCUUAAGCUGUGUUGUCAUGGUAGUUGGUGAAUUUCCAGCUGAUCAGAAAUUUUAAUUUUUUUUUCUCUCAAGGGCAAGAUUUCUGCACAGCCUCAUAUUUUACUAUGCAUACAGUUCUUGUAUGAAGAAAACAAUGCCACAAAUAAUGGGUUCCCUGUGAUACUGUGGUUUUUACAAUGGUCUGCAGAAAUCUUUCCCCUUUUAGUACCAGGUUUUGCAACCUUUAAGCUGCGAGAUAAUUGUAGAAAUAUUUUUCAUGUUCUAUACAUUUAGAAAUACUUGCAUGAUUGAUUGCCUUCUCUCUCUCCUUGCACUCACAAAUUAAUUCCUGUGUCAGCAACCAUGCGCCUAUGUGAUUUCAUCGAUCAUCAAUUCUGGGUGGGUCAAGAUAUGGAAAAGUGUGGUCUCAAAACCUGGCUCUAGACCAAAAUUAAUCUUGCCUGCCUUAAUUUAAACAUAUGCCUUUUUUUGCAUGAUAGGCUUCCUGAUCAAACAAAUAAAAACAAAUGUUUUAACUCUGGUGUGACUGUUUUGUGCAAAGCAAAAGUUUGACAGUGAUUUUAUAUUUAGGAACUUGAUAACUAUUUAAUCACUGGAUUAUUUAGUUUCAUUAGUAGUGUUGAUAAUGUAUAUUGGCCACUGUAAAGAGUCUUUAUUUCAUUAAUUGGUUCAUCUGUUAGAAAAAGAUCUAAGAAUGAUCAACUUAGCUUAACUUAAUUACUGUGCCUUAAUUUAAGAUCAACAUUGUUAAAAAGAAUCUUUUUCAGUAGCUAA